CUUCAGGCUGUUUGCAGGCCCAGGAACAUAAGUAAUACUCCUCCAGCUUGCAUUUUUGAUUCAUGUUUGUCAAUAUUUUUUUCACAUCCAUGAGGGCUAGAAACACAAUUUAAAAAAUAAAUGCUUAGAUUUUGGAGCACUAUUCUGCACCAAGCGGUGGAUUCCCCAUCAAAUUCUGCUACUAUGGAAUCAUGGAAUGCAGAGCCUUGCUCAUAGAGCAGAUUGGACAGGAAAUGUUGGAAAACCUGAGCCAAGACAGAGAGAAGAUCCAGCGUUCUCGGGAAAGGCUUAGAGAAACAGAUGCAAACUUGGGGAAGAGCUCCAGGAUCCUAACCGGAAUGUUGCGAAGGAUCAUCCAAAACCGGAUUUUGAUAGUUAUCUUGGCAAUCAUCAUCUUCUUCACCAUCCUGAUGGCUAUUUAUUUUUCUGUCAAGAGACACUGAUAUCUUGGUUCUUCACUAAACAGCAACAAACUGCUUGUUCUGAGUAAUUAAGACAAAGUGGUCACAUGAAUCACUCUCUCGCACUGACAGAAUCUCCCUGUCUUUGCCGCUGUUCAACUCAGGUGCAAGUAGCGUAAAAAUACCUUGUAUUAUUGAUUGCAUGUGGAUUUCAUUUUUUCCUUGUUUUUCCCCUUAAAAUGAAUGUUUUUGGAAUCUUCGUAUAUGGGUUUUUAUAUAAAAAACAUAACUAAGAAGAAUUCAUGUGUGUCAGUUUCCACACCGGGUUAUUCAUUUGUAAAUUACAAGAAUUUGGGGAGGGGGGGUGAAGUGUCUCCACACUUUUCUUCUGUUGUGUUGGGUGUAUAAAUAUCUAGCAGUAUCUGAUCUUCUGUGACAUCAAAGAAUAUGAGUAAAGCAGAGACCAAAUGAUAUAGAAAGUGAACCUGUCCCAUGUGAGCCACUCCUGUUCAGAAGUGUCCAUAAUAAAUGUUAAGUAGUUAAUUUUAAAAAAGACAUCACCUCAUGUCAGAAGGUGUUUAAUACCUGAUGUGAACCUACUACUUUAUUUGACACAAUUUUGCCUGUAAACUUUCUUUACUAUUAGGAACAUUUCCAUUUGCACCAAGUCCCAACUAUGAUAUGUGCAUUACUUGCCCAACGUUUAAUAGUGACCAUGGAAUAUAGUAUUGAAUCAGCUUUGCAUCAUUCCAAUGCUAAGAUAUAGCCUGGUAAAAAAACAACCAGUGGUCUAUUUUAAAGAUGUGCAAAAAUACUUAUCUGUUAUUUUCCAGCUGCAAAGAGAACGUAGAUCAAUAUUUCAGUAACAAAUACAAUAGAAUUACAUGAAAUGCAAACAGAAUUAAGGAUUUUAAGUAUGGGUAUGAAAAUGAGUUCAUGUGCAGAAAAAGUUUUUAAUGAAUUGAAUUCAAACUUAUCACUGACUUUUUAAAUAGAAAGUUUGAAAAUGUUAAUUUAUACUAACAAAUGUUCGCUGAUAUAUUGUAUAAAAGCUUGAUCUAAUAGGAGAUUAGUGUGUAAAUGAGAUGUGUUUUUCUCUCCUGUUGGCUAUGUAUCUUCUGCAGAGGCAUCUAGUUCAUUUUGUUUAUAAACAUGAUAAUAGCGCUAGCAAAGGUAGUUUCCUGGUAAUGCAGUAAAAGAUUUUGCAUAAUCACUUUUUAAUUCAUUAUAUGUAAUCCAUUACAAAUCUUAUGAAUCUAGAGAGUUUGUGAGCCCUUGAACCUAAGCCACAAAAUAUUUUAGGAGGAGAUUUUUAAAGGAACAAAGGGCAGUUAGGUACCGAACCCGUUUGGAAGUUAAUGGGAGUAGAGUCCUAACUUCCUUUUGUGCCUUUGGAAACUCAAAGAUUCUGCCUUUGGACAUAUCUGUGAAGACGCCAUGGAUUCCCAUGUUAUCCCUGCUCAAACAGCUGAGAGCAGAAUUUGGCCCUAAACAUGUUGACUGUCUUUUUUACAUAGAAACAAAUAACUUGGUUAAAACGCCUUUGAUUUUACCAACAUAAAUAAAUCAAAGCACAGUAAUGAAAUAAACGAUGGAAAAACUCACCAGAGAAAUAGUACUUAUUGAACAGAUUAGGGCAUGCAUGUAUUCAGAUAAAUCAUUUAGUGCUGUGUGAGUAGAACUUCAGCCUUUAUCUUCCAGUAAGGGUGUGGGACUAAGUUCAUGUGACGUGGGACAUAGACAGAGAGCGAAGGGGAAAACUUGCCAGAGUUAAUGGGUAUUUAUUCAAGGAAGUGGGAGAGGCAUAUUUCCAUAAAUCUUUUAUCUGAAUAACAAACUACUGUAAAUCUAAAACAAACAAGAAGAAAAUAUUAAACUCCUUCCACUUACUGGA